AGAAUUGGCAACAAUGUGCAUAAUAUAUGCUAAUCUGUGAUAGGUAAACAAAUAACCAAUAAAACGUAAAUGAAGUUUAUCAAAAGUUAAUUUAAAAUUAGAAAACAAGAUUUAUUUAUUUAUGAAAUCAUUUGCGAAAAAGUAAAUAUAUUUAAUUUGAAACACGAAAGGCUAGUUUCAGCAGUUUAAUUUUGUAUAAUUAGCAAUGCAGAUUUUCAUUAAAUGCGAAUCGGAGGGCGUGCCGGAGUGGGCGUUAGUUGAAUUGCAAGGCCUCGUUCAAAUGAAACGAGAGGAACUCUGCGGCCCUACGGCGCUGGGCGACCUGCACUAUCUCGCUCGAAGUCGGCAGCCAGUGCUGGUGCUCGGGCACCACGUGCUCAACGGGAAGGAGGUCAAGCUCGAGCAACCGAUGGCCGUCAUGGAGAAAACCAUCGAAAACGAUAAAGUCUUCUAUAGAGUAAAAGCGAUAGUUAAAAAGAAAUUGCUGUUCAAAUCGAGACCUAAACCUAUUAUUUCUAAUUUAAGCGAAAGAGUAUGAUCGUUAAUUAAGAAUAUUUAAUAAAUAAUAUUUAAUAAAGAAUUA